AUGGCUGGUGAUAAAGGAAAUCCUGACUCUUCUGAGUCCACGCAGCCAUCUGCAGCGUCAGGAAGGGAAACCCCGACCUCUGGACCAGCGCCUCCAAUCAGACCAUCCGCUUCCGCGGGGAGAACAUACGGUACACUUGAUACAUCUCCCCUUGAGGCGACCAAUCCCGAAAUACGCGAUGACGGCCAAGAGGAGAGCUCGACUCGCGCAUUUACAACACAAUCGUCCACUGUCCCUGAUAAGCCCCGAAAGCCCUCGGUAUCGCGUCGCAUGUCUUCCAAGCGUCCAAUCCCCCACAAGGGGCAAGGUUUCUCGACAGACGAUGAUGCCAAUGAGGUCAAAGAAUUCAUGACAAUGAAACAAGGCGUGAACACGCAACAAUCUCCCAGGAUUCGUCCACUACGAACGCAGAGCUCGACCUUGAGACGACGUCCCAGUGCUCGUCCCAGUCCUUUGGCGAGAGCCGAUUCAGAGGGCUACAACGCAGACGAAAUAGACUUGCCGGAACAGGAUCUGGAUUUUGAAGAAGACUUCCCCUCUUUGACACAGGCGGGACAUAGCAGCGGCGGGGAGAGUGAGGGCGACGGGGAGGGUGGCAUGGAAGACGAUGAAGACGCAGCCAGUGAUGCCGAGAGUUUCACACUCAAAGACCGUCAACAGGCCAUCAACCAAACACAUCCAUUUGGUAUCAGAAUCUGGAAGCCUGCGCUGUACAAGAAGAGCCGUUCUGUGGAGAAAACGGCCGAGGGUGAUAUUCACUCAUCUCCGGGAGGUCAUGUCAGCCCCAUGCUUUAUUUGACCAACUUGCUAUGGUCUUUGUUCUUUGGAUGGUGGCUUGCCUUCUUCGCUCUGUUGGCCGCAGUUGCAUGCUUUUUCUUUGCCUACUCAUCGAGCGCUGUAGCCUAUGGAAGAGUAUUUUCAGGUCUUUCGCGAUAUUUGUUGUACCCAUUCGGAUCAUAUGUUCUCCUAGAGACUGAUGAGAAUUAUGCCGAAGAAGAUGAGGGCGAGGGACGCAGUAUCAGCGAAUAUGAGCAAUGGCAGAAUGGCGACUUGGAACAUGGUCGUCUUUUCUUCGGGCCUCGCAGAGAUCGGUCUCUGGUUGGUAGACGAAGGAACAGCAUCGAUUCAGCCGGCGAGCAAGACAGCCUGCUUGGACGGCCCCAGCGUGGACAACGCGAAGACUCUUCUCAGCUCGCUCAAUCGAAGCGUCGCCUUUUUGGGCGGGGCGAAUGGACCUUAGGUCGUGUCGUGUUCUUCGUAUUCUUCUACUUCUUAGUUGGCCCGCUGAUGCUUAUGGUAUCUCUUGUCUGCUGGCUUUUGGUGUUCUGGAUCCCCAUGGGUCGUAUAACGAUUACACUGGUGAGCCAUUUACGCAGACACCCUCUAGCACUGUCCUUCCAUUCCGAUUCCACAUAUGCUAGAUCGAGCACAACCACGUCUUCCUCUUCCAUCCUUCUUUGCACCUACCGAGCUGCGGGAACGAGGUACUGGAAGUACACAGUCGAUGGAACGAAUAUCUUCCUGAUCAACCUUCUUGGUGUGGUUGUGUUUGUGAUUUUUGACUAUCAUGUUUUGGGCAAAUUCUUGAGUUUGCAGAACUGGCUCACACAUCCAGCCUUGGUCUUCCCUCUCGCUUUGCUCUCCAUCAUUCCCCUGGCCUAUUUUAUAGGGCAAGCCGUUGCCUCGAUCUCCGCUCAAUCUUCUAUGGGCCUGGGUGCCGCAAUCAAUGCCUUCUUCUCAACUAUCGUAGAAGUGUACCUUUACUGUGUCGCUUUAACUGAAGGCAAGGCUCAGCUUGUCGAGGGAAGCAUCAUCGGCAGUAUCUUUGUCGGUAUUCUGUUUCUCCCCGGUUUAUCCAUGUGCUUCGGUGCACUCAAACGCAAAACUCAACGGUUCAAUGUGAAAUCAGCCGGUGUGACCUCAACGAUGUUGUUAUUUGCGGUUAUUGCUGCUUUUGGUCCCACUCUCUUCUAUCAGGUUUAUGGCAGUCAUGAGCUGAACUGCCACUCGUGUGUCAGUUCCCUCGAUCCGGAGACUCGAGAUUGCCGACGCUGUUAUUUCUCACAAACAGCGGCUGUCGAUGAUCAGUUCUUUCAAAAGGCGGUGCAGCCAUACGCAUGGAUCGCCGCUGUUUUCUUGUUUCUUGCAUACGGUAUCGGCCUAUGGUUUACUCUCAGGACCCAUGCUGCUCUCAUCUGGUCUUCGGAGAUGGAAGAAAAGAAGAGUGUCCAGAUCCAUGCCACCCAAUCAGCCCAAGACUCAUUCUACGAACCACGGCACGCGCUGUUCCCAAAUGGCCAACCCGAAGCCUCCGGCGCCGCUUCUGGAUCCAAAGAUUCGAUCCGCGAAUCUCAGCUGUAUAAGCGAAUUUUCAGUCAGUCGUUGAGGCAUAUUGGUUUGGAAGACAAUGGCUCGGGAAAUUGGGAAAGCGUUGGAAAUGAGGCUACUGCAGACUUUAGAGGCAAUAUCCCACACUUAGUACCCCCCAAUUCUACCGGGGACGGCUGUCCUGUGCCAAACCCUAUCCGUGGUAUGUCCAAAGAAGACAGUGAUCGUUUAGUACGUCAGUUCACGGAAGUGGCAGCAACAGCAGCAACAGUAGCUGCUCGGGAUGCGACGCGAAGUCGCAAGCCCAAUGUCCAACACCACCAAGCUUCUGUUCGUCAACCCAGCCGCUCUGCUCUAGAGCGAUCACGAAAUACUGCUGGAGAGGAGCUUGAAGACCUCGGGUUGAGUGCGGAGCCUACUCAUGCUAGCGGAGGACACGAUGCACCCAAUUGGAGCAAAGGCAAAAGCUCUGUCGUUCUUCUUGGAGCAACACUCCUCUAUGCAGUUAUUGCUGAGAUUCUUGUCAACACAGUUGAUGUUGUGCUAGAGAGCGUGGAUAUUGAUGAAAAAUUCCUUGGAAUUACUCUUUUCGCUUUAGUGCCAAACACGACGGAGUUCCUGAACGCCAUCUCAUUUGCCAUGAACGGCAACAUUGCAUUGUCUAUGGAAAUUGGAUCUGCCUAUGCACUGCAGGUCUGUCUAUUACAGGUUCCUGCUGUAGUGUUCUUCAGCGCUUUCUAUGGCCGCUCGCUGGACCCAUCUGAGCUUGUCAGCCACUCGUUCAAUCUGAUAUUCCCCCAGUGGGAUAUGAUUACCGUCAUCCUGUGCGUAUUCCUUCUCUCGUAUGUAUACGGUGAAGGAAAGAGCAACUAUUUCAAGGGAUCCAUCCUUGUACUUACCUACCUCGUCGUCUUGCUUGGCUUCUACAUGUCAGGCUAUGUGAACAUGGACAACAUGGGCGUGGAUCGAUUUGAUACCCUGGCCAUCGGCACCAGUAGUUCCGACAAGUUCUACACUAUCGGUAGAACAAGAGGCGGGGUGGCGUACUAG